AUGGAGGCCUCAGAGGCUGCGCUGUCGUCGUCGUUCUCUUCUCUCCAACCAGAUCGGUUUAUAUUCGAAGAAGAACGCAUGCAGCCCGAGAACGCGUGCGUUCUCAGCGAUUCCUCAAACGAAGCCACACCCGUCGAAGCACCAAACGACCCUCAGACUGCUCGCCUCAAUGUUCUUCUGGCUGUGACCGGAAGCGUCGCAGCGAUAAAAAUCCCGGAGAUUAUAGAGGAACUGCAUGCGGAAGGCCGGAAAAGAAGCACUUGCGUCGAUCUGAAGCUUAUCGCGACGAAGGAUGCAUGUCACUUCUUGAAGAGCUUUCCGCUGAACGUGAUCCGAGACGAAGAUGAUUGGAGAUCCUGGAAUCAAAAAGGGGACCCGGUCCUCCACAUUGAGCUGCGUCGCUGGGCUGACGUUCUCGCGAUUGCGCCUCUGAGUGCAAACUCGCUCGCGAAGAUCUCCCAGGGUCUCUGCGACAGUCUGCUAACUUGCGUCGCGCGUGCGUGGGACUUUAAGAAGCCGUUCGUCGUCUUUCCCGCAAUGAACGCGCUCAUGUGGAAGCAUCCUCUGUCUGCUCAGCAGCUGGAUCUUCUUCGCUCCUUCGGGGUUAAGGUGGUAGAGCCCGUCGAGAAGACGCUCGCGUGCGGCGACACAGGUCCGGGAGCGCUGCCGCCGCCUCAGUGCGUCGCGGCGGAGAUUUUCCUCGCUGCGUUUGCGGCUUAUGCGCCUGACGCAGGCGAGAGUGAAGCCCAGCACCGACGUGUUUGA